CUGAUAUGCUGAGGUCAGGCGCCGCGCAGCUGCCGCAGGCGUAGCGGGUAAACAAGGAAGCAUCCGCGACCGUCGGCGGCGAGAGGAGAACGGGAGUUCAUGCGUUAGUACACCUUCGCGUCUUAUACAUCGUUAUUUCACCCAUGCCGCAGCAAAAAAACAACCCCUUCAAAAAGUGUCAGUGCAUUCCCGCAACCGCCAGCGCGCCAACGGCCGGGUUUUCCUUUUGUGUCCAGACCUGCAUUAAGCCGUUUUCCAGGCACAAUGAUACUUGAAGCCCUACCGUGCACCAAUCAAACGUUUCAUACGGCGCAAACGGCGCAAGUCCAGAAAUCGCGCCUUUCAGCUUUGUAUUCUGCGCCAACACCGCUAUCUAAAAUCGAUGUGGCUCAAAUUAUACAGUUUACAAUCCUGUAUCUAUUAGAUAGCUGAUUUGAGUAAAGCACUGGUGGGAGGCGAAGAACAGUUCGGCGAGGGCGUGUGCCGGGCACGGACGGGAGUGAGCCGUGCGAGUGGUGAUUUCGCUAGGUGCGUGCCAGCCCUGGGCUGCCAAGGUAUACAAACGCCAUACCUGUUUUGUUAUGCACUUAUAAUAGUUUGAAUGAACUGUCUUGUCCUUAAGGCAAAGUAGGAGUUCCGUCCUCAAACCAAGGCUGAGUCCUGAGUUAACCAGUAAACUAGCCGCCUCUUUACUUCUGUAUCACCCUUACAGCGCCGAUGGCCUCUUUCGGCCUGCUGGGGCGUGUGCCCACCUGCGGAGAGCUGCCGAAAUGCUCGGCUCGUUCUCCAGAGUCUCUGGCGCGCUCAGGACGGGCCAGGGCUAUGGUUCCUUCCGGCUUCCCGUCGGUGGCUCGCGCCUCUCACAUGCCAACACACGCGCUGGUCGAUGCGUCUCGGCCCCCGGCUGUGGCGUCCCCGGUGCUGUGCUCCUCUCUACGAAAGGAGCGCAAGAAGCUGAGCAAGGUGCUGAAGUCUCACCGCAAGGUGCUCGAGCGACGUUUGUCAGCGCUGACGACAUCCUCCGUGGACGUGGACUCCCCGCUGCUGACGGAGCUGCUGUCGGAGCUCAAGACGCUGCGCACCUCGCUGGAGGGGCAGCGCUCAGCAGCCCUCCUGUGCGCUGCUGACGACUCCAGCGACUCUGACUCGGACGACGACGGCUGCGACACCCGCUCCGCAGCGGCGCUGGCAGCCCAGCGGCGGGCGGCAGCCACUUCCGCGCUCACCGCAGCGGCGUCAACUUCCCAGGCGAUGACGUCGCCGGCGCGCAUGGUGGUGUCGGGCCUGGGCGGUCAGAUGGAGUUGACGGUGCCGGAGCUGGAGGAGGGCUGGGAGUGGAGCGAGGCAGAUUUCCGCGCCGCGCGCUUCGAGGGCGCCCCCGGCCGCGUGAUGGUCUGCACUGGCUCCAAGUGCCAGCGCAAGGGCGCACAGCAGGUGCUGGAGGCUGUAUCGGCACUGGCUGACGGCAACACCAACAUCGAGGUGGUGCCCUGCAAGUGCGUGGGCAAGUGUUCGGCGGGCGCGGCGCUGCGUGUGCGGCCGCAGGGCCAGGCCUGCGCUACGUACACGCAGGUGCGGCCGGCCCAGCUGCGCGACAUGUUCGAAGAGCACUUCGGCGCGGUGGCGGCCGCGGCAGGCGCGCCGUCGGCCGCGUGCUGCGUGGAGUGCAAGUCGCCGGGCUCGGAGUCGCAGCCGCACUUGCACAGCCAUGCCGAGGGCGCGGCGGUGGAGCAGCACGUGCAUCAGCUAGUGGCGUAAGGGGCACACCGACCCGAACAGGGUGCAGUAGUACGUAAAUCGUUUGGUAUGUAUCGGACGUAUGCUCUCUUCAUGUUGUUGCUUCUAGGGUUGUUUGGUUUAGCAGGAGGGUGAAAGAGUUCUGGACACGGACGGUGAACACAGUGUGGUUCAAUACGUGAUUUGAUGGCCAAAUCAAGGCUUAGGGCAGAGGAGGGUGACAUGUACAAAUGGUUGUGGCUUUGCGUUUCCCUCGGUAGUUCAGCCACUGUAGAGUGGAAACAGGUUGGCUGUACGGUGAGAGUAUGGUGAAAGUGUUUGAGAGCGCGCACGAUCGCAUGGAUAUCCAACACGGACCGGCCCUAAAGUUUUGUUGCCCGGUGCGAAGGCCGAUUAGUACACGAUGAUUACAUUGAUGAUGAUGCAUGCGCCCUGCAGACCGCGCGCUGAGGGCUUGACCAUUCAUGACGGACGCAAGCGGUUUCAGGCUAACAGUAACAGGUAGAUUGCUCACGUUGCACCGGGUGGUAUGUGUCCCAAGGUGCACGAGUAGUGCGGAGAGAUAGGAACGUGCCGAACAGAUUGAGUGCAGGCAGGAUAUUAGCGUUGGACAUUUCCAAUUGCAAGCAGGCGAAAUUGCACGAUGACAUGAUGGGUCCUACGCGCACCUAACACAUCUGCUGUAAAUCAGAGACAAAGA